UCAACGAGUGGCGGGCUUUUCUUUGGCGGUGGAAGCGUGCAUGAAGAGAAGGAAAAGUUCAUCAGGUUCGGAGUUGUGAGAAGAGGGGAGCCCGAGUUUUUCUUGCGGUGCCUGUGCGUGCACGAGCCAGAUACAUAAGCUGGAAAUCAUUCCUGGUUCCUCUGAAGACUGAAGUAUCCUGUGAGGGAAGAAAGAAUGGCCUUAGGAGAUUUGGACAGACCUUUUGUGAUUAGGAAGACCUGUGGAAAUGAAUGGAUCCAUUUUGGUGCUGGAUUAGAGAGCAGAGAGGAAAUGAAGAGGCAACACCCAACAGAUGUAGGAGCUGAAAAAGGCAAUCCAGGUGCUCAGCCUUGGAGCUGUGGAAAGAAUGGGACAAGUUCUGGACAGAAGAGCCAAGAAGAGGAAGUCAGCAGUUCAGAGGUCCAAUUCUUUCACUUCAGAAAACUGCAAUUCCAGGAGGGGAAGAGUCCCCGAGAUGUUUGCAAUCAGCUUCACCGCCUUUGCCAUCAAUGGCUACAGCCAGAAAGACACACCAAGGCUCAGAUGAUGGAGCUGGUGCUCCUGGAGCAGUUCCUGGCUGUCCUUCCCCCAGAGAUGGAGAAAUGGGUGCGGGAGUGUGGAGCGGAGACCAGUUCUCAAGCGGUGGACCUGGCCGAAGGAUUCCUCCUGGCCCAGGAGUCUGAGAAGAUGCAAGGGGAGUUGCAGAAAUCUUUGGAAGCUGUGACCGAGUAUCCCAAGGAGAGGAUAGAUUCAUCCAAGCCCUCUCAAGACCUGCAGUUAAGGGAGAUCUUCCAGAAAGAUCAAAGUCAAGAUGUGAUGCUAGAUAAUAGAAAGCUGUCUUCAAUACUUUUAGAAUCGCCUCUUUGUGUUGGAGCUGAAAGAGUGGCUGAAACUCUGCCACAGGAUGUUUUGUCCUUUGAGGAUGUGGCUGUGUAUUUCUCUGAGGAGGAGUGGUCUCAACUGGAUGCUGACCAAAAAGCGUUGCAUGGAGAAGUCAUGCUGGAAACUAUCAGGAAUUUGGCUUCUCUUGGCAAGAUGAGUGCAAAAAGAAAGAGCUAUUCCGUCGAGUUCAAAAAAGGAAUCGUGGAGGACUCUCGGGGCAAGAAUCUUGUGGCUUUCUGCAAAGAGAAGAAAUUGGAUCUCCGAAUGGUCCGAAAAUGGCGAGCAGUGUAUGAUAACCUCAGUCAACAGGUAGACAAGGGAAAUGCUAAGAAGCGCAGAUGUGGAUCAGGUCGGCAACCAUUAUUUCCUGAGCUGGAAGACAUCAUCUGUGAAUGGAUUGCUGACGGGAGAGCAAAGGGUUUAGUUGUGCACAGGGCUGAUAUUCAAACAUUUGCUCUUGGAAAGGCACUACAGUUAGGAAUAUCCCCAGAAGAAUUCAAAGCAUCAAAUCGUUGGCUGGAUGGCUUCCUUCAUCGAUAUAAACGGUCUCCAAGAACCAGCAGCACUAUUCAAGCUGGAAGAUACUGAAUUUAUUAAACGUGCACUUGCAUUCAAGUCCUUUGUUAAUGGUAUUGACUUUUCUAAAUACCAACUCUCCAACAUGAUUGCUACGGAUGAAACUGCAGUGUUUAUGGGCCAACCAUCUCAAAUGACAAUUGAUCAGGGUGGUGCACACAAGAGAAGCCGUAUCAAUGCACAGAGUGUGUAAAGUCUUUCUGUUAUUAGAACUCCCUUAUAGUCCAUCAAAAGAAUCACAAAGGAGAAAGGCCUGAUACUAUAGGUGGGAGACAUCUGCCUCAUAGGCAGUGGUGGGAUUCAACCAGUUCGCACCACUUCGGGAGAACCGGUUGUUAACUUUCUGAGCAGUUCGAUGAACUGGUUGUUGGAAGAAAUCAUUAAGGCAGAGAACCGGUUGUUAAAUUACUUGAAUCCGACCACUGCUCAUAGGCAUGUGCUGCAAUCCCCAAAACUGGUACAGUAUGAUAGCCUUAGAAAUAAAAUGAACUCUGUUUCACUACUGUGAA